AUGUCCCCAAAAACCCAGAUCCGCCAACACGAUAUCCGCCAGUACAACACGCCAUCGGAUGCCAAUAAUGGCAUCCAUAAAAAAAAACAAACACACACAUCGCCGUGUGAUCCGACCGACAUCGCGCGGCAAAUUUCGAUCAACGCGCUGGUGAAAUUUGCGUUAGACGAUGGCUACCAGCGCCAGAUCGACCCCUCCAAACGCCCUCUGAACUGCUAUAUGCAGUUUCAGUGUUCCCUCGCCAAAUACGCCCGGGUGCACAUCGGGCCCAUUCCCAGGCCCAUUUUGACAAAAGUCGCAUCGAUUCUCUGGAAGAACAUGGGGGAUCAAAGGGGCCUUUUUUCUAAAUUCGCAGAAGAGGGGGAAGCGGACCAUUGUGCCCGUAAUCCCCAAUAUCGCUUUCACCCGCGGAGGCAGAAGCCAGUGAUGCGGGUUAAUCCUCUGCGACCUGAAAAGCGGGAGGUUGAAGAAAUAAUGUCACCCCCUCAGACAAUUCAAGUUCCGGAAGUCUCAGAGCUUAACCUGUAUGCCCCACAGAUAGAAUACCCUCUCUUUGAAGGGGGAUAUGAUUACAUUAACAUCUUCUAA